AUGACAAAAAGUCCAAGCGAAAUUGUCAAGGACGAACAACUGUAUGCUACAAUGGGUAAUUCAGAAAACUCUUCGAAUCAGUAUGGAGAUUUUAAGCAGAUUCAUGUUGCUAUAUCAACUGAAUUGGCAAAAGAACGUGAGCAAUUUCCUGCACAUUUUCCUAAACCAAUUCACGUAUUAUUACCAGUUGAUGCUCGUAUAUCAGAUCAAUGGCAAGAACGGUUACAACAGGCAAAGAAAUACUACAAUCCUGAGAAUAUAGUUCUUUUUCCUUACUAUACUAAAAAUUCACAUUGGAUUGGAGUAAUAUUAAGAUUUAACAUUAAUGGACAAUUAGAACGGGCUGAAUAUAUUGAUCCAGUGGUGAAGUCGAAUUUUAAUCCGACGAAGUUGCAGAUGGAAUUUUCUGAACUUUUUUCAGGUGUUGUUUUAAAGUCAAUGACUCUUCAAACACAUUCUGAUCCAAAAUAUAGUGCAGAACUAACGAUUAGAAAUUUACUAAACGCAAUUAAAGAAACUCAUUCUACGAAUGUAACAAGCCAGAGUAUCAAUAACAUGCGUGAGAAAAAACUGGAUGAUCAUAAUACAAUUACGAGUGCUCGUUCGAUCAAUGAAGAACGAAAACUUUCAGCAUCAGCUAUACCACAAGGUAAUAUUCUAGAACAGCCCUAUGAACAGCAUUUUUUAAAUAGCGAAUCAGCAAAUAUGAAAUUUCAGAGUAGAUCUGAUCCAACAGUGAAAGUAUCAUCGAUAAUACAACCGAUAUAUCCGAAUGAAACAUGCAAUGCUAAUGAUGAUGCCAACACACACCAAAGAACUUUUGGGCAAUUAGCUGAAGUCGAAAAUGUAGCAGACCAUAGUCAGAGUAGAGAGUCAGAUGCUUCCGUUCUAGAGAAAGAAAAACAAUUAAGAUUUAAAUUGUGUGAAGCACCAAGUAGUCAACUCGAAAAAAGUUUAUCCAAGAACGACAUAUCUAGUGAAGAAGAGCCGCUUAAACAAAUAACACCGAGGAAAGAAUUAAUUCAAUCACCCGAAAAUGAAGAAAGAUACAUUAUUGCACAGAAAACAAAAGCUUCGUUAUUGGAACUUGAACAAAGUCAGUUGUUAGUAGAACAAGUUAAUGCUCUAACAUCUUCGCAUGAGAAUGUUGAGUGUGAAGGCAUUACGGAUCAUAUGAGUGCAACCGAUCUCAUGAACAAUAAACUCAAAGAUGUCGAAUCAAAAACAGAAUUUGAGAUUGAUAAGGAACAAGUUGAAGAAUAUCUUAUCACGGAAGAAUAUUUAAUUAACAUGUGGAAUGAUUCUAGUCAAUUGCCACCAUGUUCUGAGAAAUACAUUAUUAGUCUAUUAUUCUAUAUUUCUCUUAAAUUAGCCAAUAAAACAAUGAUUUCACGUUGUAAAAUCAAAGUACCAAAUGAGAUUGAGCAGGAAAUUAUGAAAGAAUUUGAUUGUUUGAAAGAAAUGUUGAGGAUAGAAGAAUUACAAUCGGGAGAGUUUCAUAAUAUAAUCGAAAGAUGCAGCGUCUACUUACGAAAUGAAAGCUGGAAAAAUGCUUUUACUGACUUAAGAAAAUUAUUGAAGGAAGUACGUCCAUUAGAUAUACAAGAAUUGAUUAGACUUAUCGCGAAAGUCAAUGAUGCAGCAAAGUUAAUCAAGGACAAAGAAAUUAUUCUUUUUUUGGGAGGAACUGGAACAGGUAAAUCUACAACUAUUCAUUUUCUUGGUGGAUCUAAAAUGGCUAAAACAAAUGUGCAAGGAAUGAAUCAUAUCGCUCCCAUCGAAAUCAAGAACCUGGAUCUGAGAAAGAUAACAACUGCACCAUUUGCGAGAUCUGAAACUCGAUACAUUUCUCCUGUAACAGUAAAUUAUAAAGAUAUUGGUGGAAAUAGUGAUGGUAGUAUUAUUCUAUGCGAUAGUCCCGGAUUCGAAGAUACCCAUGGUCCAGAAGUAGAUAUUGCAAAUGGGAUAGGUAUAGUUAGAGCAAUAAAAACAUGUAAAAGUGUAAGGCCAGUUGUUUUGAUUAGUUACAAGAGCAUUGGUGAUAGAUGCACUGGUGUGAAGGAUCUAGCUCAUAUGUUAGUAGGAUUGAUUCCAGGAAUUAAAAAUGAUGAUUAUAUGCAAACUUUUUUCUAUUUAUUUACCAAAUUUCCUACUAACGAGAAAUCUACAAUAAAUGCAUUAUUGAAAAAUGUCCAAGAUAAUUUAAAAGAAGAAGAAAAAUCGGAUAGUAGUUUCACCAGUUUCUUGAAAGAUAUGACACGUAAAACUAGAAAGAAAGUACGGGUCAUAGAUCCGAUCAAUGAUGAUCCUUUAGAAAUUCUCGAAGAACUUGCUGAAUCUGAAGCGAUUACAUAUCCAGAAGAAGUUUUUCAUUUUUUUAUCACAGAAAAAUCAAAAAGUAUUCUACGAGAGCAAGUAAGAAAACAUCAAAUUAGUAUCAGAUCUGCAACAAAACGUUCUGAUUAUUUAUUUAUACAAUAUAAACUUGAUCAAUUGAAAAAUUUAAAUGAUCUACUACAUCAAGAUGAUAUUGAACAAAGGAGGAGUGGCGUUAAGGCCACUUUUCGGCCCAAAAUAUUUUCAAGAAAUAACUAUAUGACAGUUACGAGGUCCAUAUGGGCUACAAAUAUCACAGGGUAA